AUGGCGGCCGCUCAGGCCUUCCGAGCGCGGGAUCUGUUUGUGGCCGGCAAGUGGACGGCUCCUUUCAAGGAUGGCCGCCUGCCAGUCGUCAAUCCCUCCACGGAGGAAACUAUCGGCACAAUCCCCGCGGCGACGGCGGAGGACGUGGACGUGGCGGUGCAGGCGGCAAGGGGCGCGUUCCAGCGUAACGGCGGGGCGGACUGGCCGAAGACGACCGGCAGCUACCGCGCCAAGUUCCUAAAGGCCAUCGCCGCUCAGGUGGUGGAGCGCAAGGACGAGCUGGCGCGCAUGGAGGCCAUGGACUGCGGCAAGCCACUGGACGAGGCCGCCUGGGACAUGGAUGACGUGGCGGGGUGUUUUGAGUACUACGCGGGGCUGGCGGAGCAGCUGGACGCGGAGCAGGGCGCGCCGCUGCAGCUGCCCAUGGAGCAGUUUGCAUGCCGCAUCCGCAAGGAGCCCAUCGGCGUCGUGGGGCUCAUCACGCCCUGGAACUACCCGAUGCUGAUGGCGGCGUGGAAGGUGGCGCCAGCACUGGCAGCGGGCUGCACUGUCGUGCUCAAGCCCUCCGAACUCGCCUCGCUCACGUGUCUGGAGCUGGGAGCGAUAGCGGAGGCGGUGCAGCUGCCAGCGGGGGUGCUGAACGUGCUCACGGGGCUGGGCGCGGACGCCGGCGCUGCCCUCACCGCACACAAGGGGCUCGAUAAGAUUGCAUUCACGGGCAGCAGUGCAACGGGGAAGCUCGUGCUGCGUGCCGCUGCUGAGAACCUCAUUCCGGUGACCAUGGAGCUGGGCGGCAAGAGCGCACUGCUGGUGUUUGACGACGUGGACAUCGACAAAGCGGUGGAGUGGGCCAUGUUCGGGUGCUUCUGGACCAACGGCCAGAUCUGCAGUGCCACCUCCCGCCUGCUGCUGCAUGAGCGCAUAGCGCCAGCGUUCCUAGCUCGCCUGGUGCAGUGGGCGCAGGCCAUUCGAAUCUCCGACCCGCUUGAACCCGGCUGCCGCCUCGGGCCCCUCGUCAGCGAGGCUCAGUACCACAAGGUGGCAGCGUUCAUAGAGGGCGCCAAGGCGGAGGGCGCUGAGGUGCUGUGCGGGGGGAAGCGGCCUCAGCACCUGGCGCGUGGUUACUACCUGGAGCCCACGGUGCUGCGCGUGACACCGGGCAUGCGCGUAUGGCAGGAGGAGGUGUUUGGCCCUGUGCUCGCCAUGCACACCUUCUCUGAUGAACAGCACGCCAUCGCCCUCGCCAAUGACUCCACCUAUGGGCUGGCGGCAGCAGUGAUAUCAGGCGACCAGGACAGGUGCCGCCGCGUCUCAGAGGCGAUGGAGUGUGGCAUAGUGUGGGUGAACUGCUCGCAGCCGUGCUUCUGCCAGGCGCCGUGGGGCGGCAAGAAGAGGAGCGGCUUCGGCAGGGAGCUGGGCAAGUGGGGACUGGACAACUACCUGUCAGUGAAGCAGGUGACGCAGUACGUAUCCAUGUCCCCUCUCCUCCCCCUUCUGUUCCGCGCGUUGACGUCUUCCGCCGCGCCAACCGCGCGCGGGGAAGCACCAGGGGACAGCGACUUUCGCGGAGUGGCGCAAGCGGGGGAUGUACCGGAGGCGGAGGGGGAGGCGGUGGAGGAGGGGGAGGGAGAUGGGGAUUUGGCAGGCUCGAUCCCGCGGGUUGCGCCUUUACCGGAGGACCUGACAGCCGCGCAGGUGGCAGCGCUGAGCGCGGAGGGCGGGGAGAAGGCGGAGAAGGCGGAGAAGGCGGAGGCGGAGGGGGCGGAGGGGAGCAUUCCGCUGCCGUGCUUCGUGAGCGAGGGGCUGGAGGGCGAGAAGCGGAAGGGGAAGAAGGGCAGCGCGGGGGCCGUAGAGCUGCUGAUCGUGCCCGUCACAUGUCUCGUGUCUCCACUGCCGCACCGCCGCAUCCGCAACCGCUCACCUUCGCUCCCCCCCCUCUUCCCGCCUCUCCUUCCUCCCUACCAUCCCUCCCCAAUUUCGCCCUACCCUCCCCCCCUUUCCCCCCCUCCCCACGCGCCCUGCGGGUGGCGCUGGUCGCGCGUGUGUGCCGUGGCGGGGUGGGCGCGGCAGGAGGGGGCGAGGGCCAAGUUUGACGAGACGGUGGAGGUGCAUGUGCGCCUGGGCAUCGACCCCAAGCGCAGCGACCAGGUGCGCCGCUCCUCCAUCCCCCCCUGCAAGCCCCGCUGCCACUCGCUCAGCAACGCACUGCAUCUCCCAGCGUCGCGUCACAUGGCUGUGAUGCCUCGCCUUCGCCCUCUCUGCGUCUAUCUGCUCCUUUCCGUGCCUCGUUGCUCGUCCCCCUCGCCCCCUCAACCUCUCCACUAUUGCCGCCCUCCACACCGCGUGCCCCCUACUAUCCCACACCUCAUAAAGUACCAUGGUGCGCGGAUCAGCGCAGCUCCCCAGAGGCACGGGCAAGGUCAGUGCGCUCCCUCUCCUCCUCCCACGUCUCCCGCUCCCGCAUUCGCCAUCUCGCCAUCUCGUUUCCUCCCCGCUUCUCCCCAUCCUCACCUCCACAUCUCGGGGGGUCUGCUUGCCUCUUUGCUCCUCCCCGCCCGCACUGCCGUGACUCCUGCUCACCUGCUUGCACCGGUGCCCACUCGUCUCGUGCGCCAGUCCACAGGCUACCUAUGUGCCUGCAACAUGCCCACCUCCGUGUACUGCCCACCCUGCCCCUCUCCCAUCUACUCUCUCCCAUUCCCAGCCAUUCCCCUCUCCAUUUCCCCUCCCUCAUUCCCCUCUCCAUUUCCCCUCCCUCAUUCCCCUCUCCAUUUCCCCUCCCUCAUUCCCCUCUCCAUUUCCCCUCCCUCAUUCCCCUCUCCAUUUCCCCUCCCUCAUUCCCCUCUCCAUUUCCCCUCCCUCAUUCCCCUCUCCAUUUCCCCUCCCUCAUUCCCCUCUCCAUUUCCCCUCCCUCAUUCCCCUCUCCAUUUCCCCUCCCUCAUUCCCCUCUCCAUUUCCCCUCCCUCAUUCCCCUCUCCCUUUCCCCUCCCUCAUUCCCCUCUCCAUUUCCCCUCCCUCAUUCCCCUCUCCAUUUCCCCUCCCUCAUUCCCCUCUCCAUUUCCCCUCCCUCAUUCCCCUCUCCAUUUCCCCUCCCUCAUUCCCCUCUCCAUUUCCCCUCCCUCAUUCCCCUCUCCAUUUCCCCUCCCUCAUUCCCCUCUCCCUUUCCCCUCCCUCAUUCCCCUCUCCAUUUCCCCUCCCUCAUUCCCCUCUCCAAUUCCCCUCCCUCGUUCCCCUCUCCCAUUCCCCUUGCCCUUUCCCCGCGCCGUGCCCCUCUGGCAGGCGGUGCGGGUGGCGGUGUUUGCGGAGGGGGAGGAGGCGGAGGCGGCAGCAGCAGCGGGGGCGGACGUGGUGGGGGGAGCAGACCUUAUAGCGGAGGUCAAAGCCAGUGGUGGCAAGCUGAGUUUUGACAAGUGCAUAGCAACGCCCGCGCUCAUGCCCAAGCUGGGUCAGAUAGCGCGCAUCCUUGGUCCACGUGGCCUCAUGCCCAACCCCAAGAUGGGCACGGUGACGGUGCAUGUGGGGGAGGCAGUGAGGGCGGCCAAGAGGGGCAAGGCGGACUUCAAGACGGACAAGACGGCCAACGUGCACGUGGGCAUCGGCAAGGUGAGCUUCCCGGACGAGGCCCUGGCGGAGAAUGCAGCAGCGUUUGCAGCGGCUCUGCUGGCAGCCAAGCCCGUGGGGCUCAAGAAGAGUGAGUGCUGCUGCAUGGCCGGGCAGGGCAUGGCAGGGGCUGACAGGGGUUGGCAGGGCAUGGCAGCAGUAUGUUCACAUGCGCCACUGCCAGGGCACACUCCACUGCAGUCACCCCCAACUGGUCCUCUACUCUCACUGCACUCUGAAUCAUCACCGCUCUCAACUCCUCCCAUCCCUGCCCCCACUCGUGGCAUCCUGUGUGUGUGUGUGACUGGUCGUCUGUGUGUGGGCAUGAGUGCAGGCUCGCGCUUCUUUGGCUACUUCAGCACCUUCACGCUCUCCUCCACUGUGAGUCACACCUGCUGCACUCACCACCACCACCGCCCCCCGUCCCUCCCUCUCACCCCUCUCCCACUCCACCGUCUAUGGCACAUCGUAUCGCUCACCACGCCCUCUUCCUCUCUCCCUUUGCGUCGUGAGCCGCGCCGUCAGCGCCGACCGCUCGACGACGAGGCUGUGCCGUUCCCCGACGACGACUCCGCGUCGCGCCGCGCCGACAGCGCUCCGCGCCCUCCGCUCACGCAGGCAGGCGAGCUGCAGGCGCUCGCCGUGGGCGCCGCCAUGACCGUCGGCGCGCUGUGGCUCAUGCGCUCCUUCGACCUCCUGGGCAGCAACAUCGCCGUCCGACCGUUGUCACGACUCGGCGAAGCCAUGCGCCUGCAGGGAAAAUUCGCGUUCAUCACGGGGGCGGCGCGCGGCAUCGGCGCGGCGUGCGCGCGCAAGUUCGUGGCGGAGGGCGCAAGGGUGGCCAUUGCUGACGUGUUGGAAGAGGAGGGGCGCCAGCUGGCUGCUGAGCUGGUUGCCGCUGAUUCGCAAACGGCGGCACAGGCUGGGCGGAGUGGCGGGGCGGAGGGGGGUGCUUCCGCGGAAGGGGAGAAAGGGCAUGGUGGGUGCGCGGAGGAAGGUGGGGAAGGGACACGGGGCGCGGGAGAGGGCAGCGGAGCAGAGAGCAUACCGUGCGCGAUCUUCGUGAGGUGCGACGUGUGCGAUCGCGAUUCCAUCGCAUCCGCACUCGCCGAGGCGGUUGCGGCGCUGUCCCCCGGAGCGGGCGCGCUGCACGUGCUGGUCAACAACGCGGCGGUGCAGAGCUGCAAGAGCCUGCCCGACACCGCGCCGCGCGACUGGGACGCCGUCGUCGCCGCGUCGCUCUCGUCCGUCUUCCACGCGACGCAGCUCGCGCUGCCGUACCUGCGACGCGCGGAGCGAGGCGCCGCGGCCAUCGUGAACGUGUCGUCGUCGUUCGCGCUAGUGGGGUCGGCGGGAUACGCGGCGUACCACGCGGCGAAGGGUGGCGUGUCGUCGCUGACGCGCGCGGCGGCGCUGGGGCUGGUGGCGGAGGGCGUGCGCGUGAACGCCGUGUGCCCGGGCACCACGCUCACGCCGGGGCUGCACGAGAGCGUGGCGCAGCAGUGCCCGGACCCAGCGGACGCACAGCGCCUCAUGGACUCCUUCCUCGCCAGGCAGCCGCUUGCCAG